ACGUUUAAACUUGCUGGCGAGCGAUCGAGAACGCUCAGUGUAGAAGUGAACGUUGUUGGAGGUGCUGUUGUUGUUAUUCUACUUUGGCUCGCACAACACUGUGAUAUUGCAGUAUUAUCAUCAUGCCGAACUGCCCAAAAUGUGAAAAGCCAGUGUACUUUGCUGAACGCAAAGUGUCGUUGGGCAAAGACUGGCAUGCAGGUUGCUUGCGUUGUGAAAAAUGCAACAAAACGCUGACUCCUGGAUCCCACGCCGAGCACGAGGGCAAGCCCUAUUGCAACAACCCAUGUUACUCGGCCUUAUUUGGACCUGGCGGUUUUGGUCGUGGUGGAGCUGAAAGUUACGUCUACAAGAAGUAACUUUAAUUGCAAAUCGACGACAAUUCUUAAAUGCUGCUGUAUUCACAGGAGAAAUACAUUUAUUAUGUUUUCAGUAGUUUUUGUUAGUAAUAUUAUUUACCAGAAAUACAAUUUUAAUUUUCAAAUUUUACAAUAAUAAGAA